AUGCCUGAGCCUUCCGGAUGGUCCGCCGCCGGCAAGAAGACCAUCUAUCUAUCUCUGGCCAUGCUUAUCUUGAUCGGCCUGAUCGGCACCAUGAUCUGGGCCUCGCUGUAUCUUCACAAGACUAUCAUUGUUAUCUCUCUGCUUGUUGGCAUCGUGUGCAUCUCCAUGCUUUUGGGCGCUCUCGUUCUUACAACCAUCAACCUCCACCUCAAGCAGGAGCACAUCUACGAGCGCCAGGACUCGCCCGACCUUCUCCUCGUCCACCCUGCCUUCCGCAAUGACUUCAGAGAUCAUCUGAGCAAGGGCGGCAUCCCCCGCAACUUCUCGAUCCCCAGAGAAAGAUGCAUCGACAACAAGGAGAGGACCUCGCCUACUCUUCCAAAGCCUGCUUCUUGCGCAUUUGUUGCCACUGGUAUGAAUAUCAAGUAUGAGAAGAAGCCCGCCGUCGGCUGCCGUCCCCUUCCAACCCUUCCUACAACUACCAAGGCUGUCGAGGCCGGUGAAGCUCGCUCGACUGUCGACCAUCCUCUUCCUCCUAUUCCAACCAUCCCUAUCUCGCCUACCAUCGACGUCCAGGAAGUCGACUCCGAGCUCCAGACCCCAGAGAAGAGCACUCACUCACUCGCUCCCAUCAUCGAGCUCCAGGAGGCUACCCCCACCCCCGAAGGCCACCGCCAUCUCAUCGUCGAUGCACUUCCCAUCAACAGACUGACUUGGACCAAGAGCACCACCAUUCGCAAAGUCAGCGAUAAGCUUGACGUUCCUGUCAUGGACAAGCGUGGUCGCUCUUUGGAGUACUGA